AUGUUUUUAAAAAUUAUAAUAUAUUUGAUACUGUCUUUAGGGGCACAGGUGCAUCUAGAUGUUACGCCGUCAGAGAUAAAAGCAGGCUGUACGGACGUGCUGACCAUCACCUGCACUUUUUCCAAGGACACCACAAGCAUUUCGUAUGUUUCGUCUGUUUUACUAUCACAUAAACAGUUCUCAAGUAAUGCGAGCUACGAAGAUGUGGCGUCCAUAUUUGAAUACGACAAUCAAGUUCAGACUCACUCUAACCAAGAAAACAUCACAGUGUCUGGACAAAUCCUCGAACACAGUGUCGGCAAUCUCACGGUCCACUGGAAGACACCGACACAGAACCAGUCCGGCGACUACAAAUGUAUGGUUCAUGGAAUAGACCAGGUCGGACACUCUAUAGUAAUUUUCGCCGAUGCCAACGUUUCUUUUUCGAUACCACAAACGUCAGACACAGACCCGAAGAUCACAGAACUGGGAGCACGACUCGAUCGUUUAGAUGCACACUGGACCGACAUCAACAACGGGCUGCUGGCAAGAAUUGGAGCUUUGGAGGAUAACCUUCAACAGGUGGAGUCUAUUCUUUUCACCAGCAAUACGACGCAUCAAAGUCACAGGUACUUCUUAUCCCGGUACUCCUACAGGGAUAUCGACCUAGGCAUGGCCACCUGCCACCAGUUCGGAAGUCACCUGCUGGAGAUUGACGACCAGAGGGAAUACGACGCCAUCGUUUCGUUCUUAAGUGGCGGCCAUUAUUUCGACGGCGUCUUCGUAUCUGGGAGUGACGCGAGGGAUGAGGGACAUUGGAGUUUUCAAAGAACGGGAAACGCCAUGGCGUUCACCCCGUGGGCGCCGAAUUCACCAAGUGACUCCGAGAGGGAAAACUGUGCUCUUUUGUGGAGGUCAACUGGGUGGAAAAUGGUGGACGAUCCGUGUUAUGAUAACAAUUUAGAAGUUCAUGUUAUUUGUGAAAAAUCUCUAUAA